AUGUUAUGUCAACUUAAGAGCAUAAACCCUCUGCACCAGUACAGAGAGACUGAAGGAAAACGAGUUUUUGUGUCAGAGAUUAUCUAUCACUUCGUUUUGAACGAUGCUGAUGCAGAGAUGCUUUCUUACGAUCAAAUCCUCAUUUUUUCGAUACCUACGCUCCUCAUCGCAGCUUCUCAGACACAAACCACCUUCGUGACAGCGAGCUCUUCGGUACUUCUUUCGAUUUCAACCAUGUCGGAUGAGGAACCAGUUGAUCCAAAGAAGGAGCUUGAAACAGUUUGCAAGGCCAAAUGCGUUAGGGAAUGGCGAGCGUAUGAGGAUUGUGUGUUGAGAAUCAAAGAUGAUGAUACCGGGACCAAACAUUGCACUGGUCAAUCUUUUGAUUAUUGGCACUGUGUGGACAAAUGCGUUGCUCCGAAGCUAUUUGCAAAACUUAACACUGGGUUUGGAUGGUACACCUUCUUUCCUAGGAGAAAAUUUUGUGAGCUGAAAUUAAACCUGCUGACCACGGAUGUAAAUUCUUCGAAUAAAGGCUGGAAACAGCAGUUUUUCCUGGUGCGUACUGAUUCUUUAGGAUUACCGCUGGAAUGGAAUUACUCAAAGGUAUCUGAAUCUGCUGGGGAUGUGAAGGAGCCGACCUCUAAAUCGUCCCUUCUUCCUGAUGUUAAUAAAUUACUUGGCCACAGUAUAUCACUAGCUGAGAUAAAUGAGGAGGCAUUGGAUGGUGUUAGAGCUGAGCAUUGUGGAUCAUCUUCUGGAGGAUCUUCUUCUCCCAAUUCAGAUAAUAUGAAUCUUUCUCAAUUUAUUGCUCUGAAGAAUGCCACUGCCACUGCUCCCCGAAUCACUGGUGAAAAAUCACCUGUUCAUUGUCCACCCUCUAAGAUGCAGGGGUCCAGGCAGCAUGGUCUGAAAACGAAAAAGCAUGGUGCUGCUUCAGAUCUUCAAAACCUCAAUAAAAAAAGAAGAGUUUCAACCCCUCAUCAAGAUGUGGGCACCAAUGUGAACAAAUUCAUGAUCUGUGCGGACCCACCUUCAAUGUUUUGUGAGGGAAUGGAAUCUUUCACGAGUCUAUCCAUGGAGGAACUGGGGAGACGAGGUUUUACUUCCUUCUCUGAGUGUCUGCUUUUUGUUAAUGAAGUGUAUAACUGUGCUUCCUGUUCCGAGGAGCUCCAAAAACAACUGAUAGAAGUUCGAGCUUUGGCAGAGCAGAGUCAGCAGCAGCUGAAAGAUUCUGAAGAUAAGAUGAAAUUUCUUUGUGAUCGCAGUGCAGCGGAUUUAGUUGCUAAGGAAAAACAACUGAAAGAAAUUCAAGCUGUGGGGGAGCAUAGUCAGCGCAAGCUGAAAGAUUCAGAAGAUAAGAUGAAACUUCUUUGUGAUCGCAGUGCAGCAGAUUUACGUGCUAAGGAAAAACAACUGAAAGAAAUUCAGGCCGUGGCGGAGCAUAGUCAGCGCGAGCUGAAAGAUUCAGAAGAUAAGAUGAAACUUCUUUGUGAUCACAGUGCAGCACAUUUACGUGCUAAGGAAGAACUUAUAUCUGUUUUGGAGGAGGAAAAUCUUCGUCUUAAAGGGGAAAGAGGUCAAUUCCUGCGGCUCUUUAUCCGCAACGUUUUCCAAAGCAAGGGAUUUCUUGAGUUUGUAGCCGGCUUAAUGGUUCCAGCUAAGGCAUGGGGGCGUCAUGUUGCCUUGUCAGAUCUGUCUGAGAUUCAGGAAGUUCCUUUUGAGCUCCUGCAUAGCAUGGAUCCCUUAGCUGAGGAGAAGUUUAACCAAACUUUCCUUACUGCCAUACAAAGUGAGUUGAUGAGAUUGCCUGUCGUGGAAGCAGUAGCAGCUAGGGAGGAACCGAUGACCCUGAACGAUCUCAAGUCUCUGAUGGUAGACCAUAUUUUCGGAGCUGACAGGGAGCCAGAUAGAUCUGCCCCGAAGAAAAGAAAUUUGAGCUUUGGGCAUUUCCCACCGACUUCAAAGUUCACCUCUUCUCUUUUUCCCGAUUUCCCACCAAAGGUAACAAUGUCUUCUCCUCCUCCUACUUCUCCAGUAACAAUAGAUCCCUCUGAUAAACCCCCUCCUGCUGAUAUGACAUCCGCCGAAAAGUUUUGUUCUAGGGUUUCAAAGGCAGAUGCCCUUAGGAUUGCAAAGCGGUUUAAAAUCCCCGAGGAAUUUGGGAUUAUUGCUCCCGAUCGGAACUGCAGGGCUUGCAACCCGCCUGACGGUUACGCCGCUGUUUAUGAACAGCAAUUUCGAUUCGGUUUGCGGUUCCCUCUCUUCCCUUUAGUUUCCGGGAUUCUGUCACAUUACGAAAUACCUUUGGCCCAAUUGGCGCCGAAGGCCAUGCUAAUCUUGGCCGGAUUUUCGAUUCUGUGUAGUCGUAGGGGUGCAAAACCUUCGGUGGACCUUUUUAGAUGUUUUUACGAAUUGCGUCGCGUUCCGGCCGUUCCAAACACCUCUCCGGCGGCCGUUCCCAAUACGUCGGAUGAUUGGUACACUGCAUAUCCCAAACGCCAAUUUGGCGAGUUCAAAAUAAAGCCUUUGGUAUCCGAUAGAAUUAUUCCGACCAGAGGUUGGAGAGAGCGUUUUUACCUGGUGCGUAUUGAAGCUUUAGGAUUAUCUCUGGUGUGGAACUAUUCACAGAUAUCUGAACCAGCUUGGGAUGCAAAGGAAAUGGCCUCUGAUCCCUCUAUUCUUUCUGAUGCUAAGAAAUUACUCGGCCAGAGCAUAUCAUCAAAUGAGAUAACUGACGAAGCACUGGAUCUUGUUAUUGCUGAGAUUUGGGGAUCAUCUUCUGGGGGAUCUUCUCCCGAUUCAGAUAAUAUGACGCCUUCACAAUGUGUUGCUCUGAAGAGUGACACUGCCACUAAUCUCGCACAAGGCAGAAGCAGUUUACUGUCUGUUUCUGGCAGGAGUACUGAGGAGGGUAUAAGUUCUGCGGCCGGAAAGACCAAGCAUUCCACUGCUUCAGACAUCGAAAACCCAAAAAAGAAGGCAAAAAUUUCAACCCCUCCUCAAAAUGUGGGCGCCAAGGAGAACAAAUUCCCCCUCCCAAUGUCUUGUGAGGGACCUGAAUCGCUCACUACUUUACCUAUUGAGGAACUGGGCAGACGAAGUUUCACUUCACUCCCUGAGUGUCUGCGAUUUGUUAAUGAGGUAUUUAUCCGUGCUUCCCGUGCUGAAAUGCUCGAGAAACAAUUGAAAGAGAUUCAAACUGGGACAGAGCAGAGUCAGCGCGAGCUGAAAGAUUCUGCACUUGCCUCUGAUCUUAUUGGAGCAGAUUUAGGCGCUAAGGAAGAUCGUAUUUCCAUUUUGGAGGAGGAAGUUCGUCGCCUCAAAGUUGAACAAAGUCAAUUCCUGCAGCGGGAGAAAGAACUGAUAGAAUUUCAAGCUUUGGCGGAGCACUUUCAACACAAGCUGAAAGGUUUUGAACUUCUUUAUGAUCGCAGUGCAGCUGAUUUACGUGCUAAGGAAGUUCAUAUUUCAAUUUUGGAGGAGGAGGUUCAUCGCCUUAAAGGGGAGAAAGGUCUGUUCCUGCAGCGGGAGAAAGAACUGAAAGAAAUGGUGGAGCAGCUUCAGCGUGAGCUGAAAGAUUCUGUACUUUCUCGGGAUCGCUGUGCUGCAGAUUUACUUUCCAAGGAAGGUCGCAUUUCUGUCUUGGAGGAGGAAGUUGACCGCCUUAAAGGGGAACGGGGUCAAUUCCUGCAGCUCGAGAAGGAUCUAAAAGAAACUCAAGCUGUUGCGGAGCGGCUUCAGUGUCAGCUGGAAGGUUCUGAGCUUUCUCGUGGUUGGCCAUAUUAUCGGCGAUGA